CAAUGAACGUCACACGAGGAGUUAUUUUAUGACAGCAACUCCCUGUUGACUGCACUUCCUCGUGAGGUUGACCACAGUGUAGAGAUGUCGGAUUGUUUAUGUUGGAGUACACAAUUUUGGAUGUCUCAAUGACAAUGAUGCAUAGAAGAAAUCUAAUCCUGGUUCUGCUUAACCUUGCGGUGUGCUUUACUCAUGCACUGACGGACACAGACUGCCCUGGGGGAGUGGCUCUUCUUGGAACAGAAUACAAAAUAGAAGGUGACAGAAGCAACUAUACAGGCUUUGUAUGGGCACGACCAACUGAUAACCGGUAUGUCGUCACCUGCAACCCCAGCUGCAGCCCUGUGGCUGGGUACAGUGCAACCAUGAACGACACACACUCUACACUCACUAUACACAGUGUUGGGGUGGCAGAUGCUGGUACAUGGAAGAUCGUGGAUGCGAAUUUAGUGGGUGCCAUCCCUGUCGACGUGUGUCAACUGACGACAGCUGGGGUCCCACAAUGUGGCAUCAGCAGUGACGAGGACACCGACUCCCUGGAACCUGGAGCACAGCUGACUUUAACAGUGGACAUCACAGGCUACUACUGUUCUCGGGAGGCGGGCUUUGAUCUGACCACUGGUGCUGUGACUGAAGAGUUGACCACGAAACACAAUGUCAGUGCUGUAUCAGACGUAACCCUUAACACAACCUUCAGCGUAGAUAUCACCCGAUUCGGUGAUGUGACGUUGGACUUCAUAUGUGACAGAAGUUGGACUCUUACUUGUAACGGUGUUCAGAAGCUACUGAAAACACCGCCACAGUGCAACAUCAGCAGUGACACGAACACCAACGCAUUGGAACCUGGCACUAAUCUCACUCUGACAGCUGACAUCCAGAACUACUACUGUUCUCAACAAGCUGGAUUUACACUGACUACUGGUGUCGUUUCAAAUAUACUCCUGGAGAACCAGACAAUGGACAAUCACUGCAAACACGAAAACGUCGUUUUUUUCCGUAUAUGGUCAUUGGACGGAAAAACGACGUUAUUUGGACGUUUUCAAACCAUCGUUUUUCCGUCCAAAUAACGUCGUUAUUUGACAUCGGUAUUUACUGGGCGAGAACGAUACCGUUAAGCUCCUCCCUUUCUUGAUUGACAUUGUCAAUCAAGCAACAGCGUCUACCGGUAUUUCUACUUCUCAGAUUUCAUUGGUCAGUCCUCGCGUGUUAGUUUACAGGCCCACGUUUGACGCUGCACUCGAAGCGCUUAGCGGAAGUGCUGAAAUCAAUCGUUCUGCGCAUGCGGAUUACUUAAUGC